AUGUAUCAAACAAAAAUGACGCAUGUAGAGAAAUUACCCAGUCGCCCUGGUAAGGAAGCUAUACAUUCGGGACACUUUAUGGUCUCGCAUUUUGAGGCUGAGGGUCAGGAUGAUUUUGAUGACCUAGCAGUACCCAUACCUGAAGAAGAGCAAAACGUACAAAAAGUAUCAACAGUGGCAACCUACACAUUACCUUCUGAAAAAGUUCAACAUUACACUGUAGAAGAAAGUAAACAACAUCAACUACUUUCUAUAGAAAUAUCUCUUACAAAAUUGUUUAAAUGUAUGACUUUAGCAUAUAGACAAAAACUAACAUCUCCAAAAUGGAAUCGUUUCAAAGGUAUAAAACUACGGUGGAAGGACAAAAUAAGAUUGAACAAUGUCAUAUGGAGGUGCUGGCAUAUGCAGUUUAUAAAGAAACAGAACACGUUGGUCUGUCAAUUUGCAUCCCCAUUGGAUGUUGAUACUCACGUAAAACCAGAAACAACUAUACUAGAGGGAAAGUAUUGGAAAAGACGCGCAGAAGCAGUAAUAGCAGAAUAUAAAAAAUGGCGCAUGUUUCAUAUUAUGAGACUCCUUGGCAAGGGGGACACCUCUGUCCAGGAUUCGGUAAAUAUGUCGGACAUGGACACAGUCGAGUCUCAAUGCAGCGACUUCGCGGCCAACAUGCUCACAGACGAGGACUACCUCAGCUUCAUGAGUGACACACUCUUCUCAACCAUCACAAGCCAUCAACCCUUUGCUUUCCCCGAUUGCAGGGAAAUUGCAAGAGGCGCAAGCUUAGCUGAUUUCAUUCAACCAAGCUUAGGUCCUCUGCAACCAAAUCUCGAUGAUUUUAUGGACACACUUGAACCACUCCAGGAUCUUCUUUUGACACCUCGAUUGCCGCCAGUUCCAGAAGAGCCUUCGAUCCCAUCUGAAGACACUUUAUACAGGAGUGGAAUGUCAGUAGAUUCUUAUAACCCACAGAACUAUAUUGCUGAAAGUCAUAAUACUUCAGUCACAAUGCCUACCAGUCAGAUGACUAUUCAUGGUACCAGUAGCAAUGCACAGUUGAUGUCGAUAAAUCAUCAGCAGAUUAAAAAUGAGCAAAUACAAAUGUAUGACAAUAGUCGUCUGUUCGCAACCGCAGAACUGCCAAAUAAUAUGCUCGGUCAACAGGAAAUGUUGCCGACGUAUUCACAGGGUACUUACGAUCAGACUGUGUCACAGCCGGAGGCACAGAUGCAUGGUAACGUUUACAAUGAUAAGACUUCCAGGGUGCAGUACGGGAACUCGCAGCCCAAAAUUAUUGCUCACCAGGAGAAUUGUUACCCGAAAUAUAAUGCUGCUCUGCCGCCGUCCCAGACCGCGCCAGAGACGGUGUCUCUUCUGCAGCAGCCCGUGCAGAAUUCCAAGUACGCUUCAACGGUCGUCAUUCAGGGUCGAGGAGGGUUCAGCCGGGAGAAGCCGCGCUCCCGCAUGUCGCACUACACGGGCCAGAUGACCAACCAUUAUCAGAACUACCCUCAAAUACAGAACCAACAGAGCUUCGAGUCCCGUCCGCGACCCUCGCCGCCUCAGAUGCAGUACCUUCAUCCGAAUGUGGAGUUCAAAUCCAAAUCUUCACCGACCGGCUCGCGACCGUUCAAGCUUCCGUCACCGCCGCUAGUUCCGGUGACGACGCAACAGGUGCAGGUGUCUGCGGGCACGAGUGUGUCAGUGGGUUCCAACAAGCCCUCUAAGGAGCAGUAUCGGUCUCACAGUCUACCGCUGGGCGCUCAGCUCGGCGCCGACUGGCUGGUGACGGCGCCCGCCGCGACCACCACACACCACGCUCACGAUACAUCCGCUACCACCGCCCACCACCCGCGGAGUCGUGAGUGCACCCCGGGCGCGAUCCGCAUGAGGUCCCGCUCGACGUCGGGGGCGGCAGUGGAGGCUGCAGGAGCCGUGGUGGGGUCGUCCGGGACCCCGCGCCGCCAGCCGCCGCCGCUCACCAGCGUCGCCUCUGAACCGACGCUGCCUCAAGCCAGCGUCAUGUUGGCGCAGCUGCUCUCCUCCCAACACUCCCAGAGUCUGUACAAACUGAACAGUGCGGUGGAGGAAACAAGCGGAGGGACCGACCCUAUGAAGUCUCCAGUUCUAAAAGGACAGCACUCUCCUAUCGGCAGCGAUAUUAUUUCGCCUCAUCAUUCGAGGGCGCAGUCCCUGUCCCCGCCGACGUCCCCUUGCUCUGAGAGGGGCGGGUCCCCGCGGGAGCCUCGUCGGACCCACCUACACGCUGAACAGAAGAGACGAUACAACAUCAAGAACGGCUUCGACACGCUGCAGGCUCUCAUACCACACCUCAACACUAACCCCACCGCCAAGAUAAGUAAAGCGGCCAUGUUACAAAAGGGCGCCGAAUACAUAAAACAGUUGAAGGCGGAGAGGCAACAGAUUAAAGAGGAAAUGGAGAGUCUUAGACAACAGAUAGAAUGCUUAAAUAAUUCUAUAUCUAAUUGUCACUCGUUGCUGCCGGCGACCGGAGCGCCCGUGUCCCGAGGUCGCGCCGGUCGUUUGCGAGAAAUGUUCGCUUCACACGUGGCCGUACGGACAGCACACAACUGGAAGUAUUGGCUCUUCAGCGUAGUGAGCGCGGCGCUGGUGGAGUCGUUCAGUUCGUGCGUGUCGUGCAGCAGCGCGGCGGACCUCGUGCGGACAACGCUGCUGUGGGCGGAGCAGCACUGCUCGCUCGUUGAGAUGAGACCCGCGGUUCUUAAUUCCCUGCGAGUUCUCUGCACCACCACGGACAUCCUCACGAGUCCCGAACGCCUGGCAGAAGAGGCGCGCGCCGCUGCAGCCUCCGCUGCGGUCAAGCGUGAGCCGAAUUAA